AUGACGAAUCCAAUACAUGCACUUGCUGCAACGGGGCCACAGUUGACACGCAACAAGGAACCAAAAAGUGAGGAGCAACCACCAGCACCGAUAGAGGCACCCGAAGGGGAGGCUGUGGAGGAACCCAAAAAGGAUUCUGUUGCACAAGACCAUGGCUUUGGGUCAGGGCUCCUGGCGAUUGGGAUCUACGCACUGAUGCAUGACAGUGGUAUCAUGACGAUCCUACUCUUGGCGUUUGUAUGGCAGUUCUCGCUGGACGCAUCACACCAACGGAUAUUUCUCUUCUUCUUGGUGCUCCUCAACUUUGCCGAGUACUUUUACCUACUCCCAGAAGUGCUAGCAAGAUAUCAGCGUGAAAAGUGGUGGGAUAUCCCCACCAUCAAGACGGCUACCUUGACGACUGUCAUCUUUUGGAGUAUCGCUUGGGUCAGCGCCUGGUAUACAAGUUAUCUAGAGAAUAAGGAGCAGGAGAGGCGGUUAGAGAAGGCUCAGAUGAGAGCAAAAAAGGAACAGUGGUUCCAACAGCAAUCUGCCAUGGCCUCUUCACCCGGAUCCAGUGAUACGCUGUGCGAAGGAACUGAGGAUGGUACCUCUGAGGAUUCAUAG